UAAUCCGUUCUAGAAAAAAGCACCACCCAUCUUCAAUCACAGCACCCACUAGAGCUAACAUGUCCCACCAGAAGAUGUCUCUCACCCUCCUCUCAGUCCUCCUCCUCCUAGGCCUCUUCUUCACACCUUCCCACUCCACCACCUUCACCGUCCGCAACGACUGCCCCUACACCGUCUGGGCGGGCGCCUCCCCAGGUGGCGGCCGCCGCCUCGACCAUGGCCAGACGUGGACCCUCAACGUUCCCCAGGGCACCAAAAUGGCCCGGAUCUGGGGACGCACCAACUGCAACUUCGAUGCUAGUGGCCGGGGCCAUUGCCAGACGGGCGACUGCGGGGGCGUCCUAGAGUGCAAAGGAUGGGGCGUGCCCCCCAACACCCUGGCGGAGUACGCGCUGAACCAGUUCGGCAACAAAGACUUCUUCGACAUCUCCCUCGUCGAUGGGUUCAACAUCCCCAUCGAAUUUAGCCCCACCAAGCCGUCGUCGCAAGACAAGUGUAGAUCGAUCAAGUGCGACAGCAACGUCAACGGCCAGUGCCCUGACAAAUUGAAGGCCCCCGGUGGGUGCAACAACCCGUGCACGGUGUUCAAGUCUGACGAGUACUGUUGCACCAAGGGCAAGUGUGGUCCGACGCCUUACUCGAAGUAUUUCAAGAACAAGUGCCCCGAUGCUUAUAGCUACCCUCAAGAUGAUCCCACCAGCACGUUCACUUGUCCCGGCGGGUCCACCGAUUAUCGCGUUGUGUUCUGCCCGGGUGGGUCGUCUUACUUUCCCUUGGAGAUGUUUGGAAGCGAGAGCUCAGAAUGAAAGGGCUUUGGCUAAAUCUGUGGACAAAAGGAGAAAAUAUAACUCAAAUAAAUAACGAUGUUGAAUAUCUAUGAAGUAGAGAGAGAGAGUCGAGAAGAGCAAUGUUCAAUGUUGCAAGUCGUGACUUCCUCGAGAACUAGUUCUUAUGUUGUGUGUCGUUUUAUAUGUAUGUAUCUAUAAGCAAUGUGAUUACAGUUUGCUAAUAAGAUUAACGAGUUGUCUUA